UCUCGCCUUCCAGCAGUGACUGGAGCACUAGUACAGGAGAGCCCUGGACCUAGGUGGCAGAGGACUCUUGUUCCGCUUAUGUCUGUCAUGCCAGUUGAAGCAAAGGAGCUACUGUGAGACGUAUUUUGCCCUUCUUCCUAUUUAGCAUGAUAUCCCUUUCAGGAUAAAAGUUUAGAACUGAUUCUCUGCUGGGCACGGGGGCACCUGCCUGUGAUCCCAGCACAGGGGAGACGGAGGUCGGAUUGCCAUGAGUUGGAGACCAGCCUGGGCUGCAUAGUAAGACCCUGUCUCAGGAAAAAACUGCCGUAGGUUUGCUGUCUGCCAGCGUCCCAUAGUGAGAGGUCCUGAGGGUGGGCAGUGCCACCGGUGGUGCCCUGUGUUAGGAGUCAGCCUCGAUGGCCUUGCCUGUGUCCUGUCUUAUGAGGAGCCGUCGGCAGGGAAAGGGACUCUAGGAGUAUGGGGUAUCUGUGCACACCCUCACCCUGUCUGUAACUCAGACUUGAGGUACAGCCAUGUACCUUUUUAAGUUGAAUUUCAUGUGUGCCCCUUUCUUGGCUCAAGUUUCACAGGUUGGCUGUUCCUCACAUGAAGCAGAUGCUGCCAUCAUCUUAAAAUAUAAUUUUGUUUUGCAACUAGUUUUUAAUAAAAAAUUCGUGUCCUUAGAGCAUACCAUUCUCUUGGGUCUUAAGCAUUUUUAUCUCAUUUGUCAUCCCAGAAUGAAGUGAGAGUCUUAGAAGACAUCUUGUCCACCAAAUACUGUUUUAAGUAACUUAAUUUCAGCAAGUUAUUAACACAGUUUAACCCAAAAACAAGAAAGGUACCUCGGCAGCAGAUAUGUGGGGCUACAUUAGAAGAGCCCGUUCCCUCUGGCCAGCCCUUCCCUCCUGAAGCCUCCUGUGCUUGUAGGGCGCUUCUGGACAGGACCCUGCACCAGGAGAGCUCGUGUCCUGCAUUUGGCCUUGAAGAUGUCACAGGUGGACCAAGGCUGUGCACGCAUCCCCGAGGAGCAGUUAGUCGCUCACUAAGGUCACGGAUGUCAGAUGUGCCCAGUUCAGGGCCCCCUUGAUGCCUCCAGUGUGUGUUGCUGUGCUGUGUUCUUCUGUUUUGUGUGCCCUGGGACAUAGGAGAAUCCUGUUUCAACACGAGGACGUGCAGAAGAUGGUCCAGGGCCACAGCUGCCAACAGGAGCAUCAGCCCAGUUCAUUCUCCCUGGGUCCAGGCUGGCCUUGAAGUCACUGCACAGCCCAGGCCGCCCCCAAACUCUGUGAGCAUCCUGCCUCAUCCUACACAGUGCUGGGAUUAUGAGUGCACCCAGAACCUUGCAGAUGUCUGAUUUCCAGAGGAGAUAAUGGUUUUUCAGAAAGUCGUAGUGUCCUCACUGUGUCCUCAGCAGACCCAGUCGCCUUUCCUGGUGGCAUCCGGCCCAGCAAGAUGCAAGCAGGAGCUUCCUGUGGCCCUGCCUGCCAGACGGAAGGCUCCACCACUGGCAGAGUGCCUGAUCACCUUCUAUGAGGGCAAGCACUUCACGGGGAGGAAGCUGGAGGUCUUCGGGGACUGUGACAACUUCCAGGACCAAGGCUUUAUGAACCGGGUCAACUCGAUCCGCGUGGAGAGCGGGGCCUGGGUCUGCUUCGAUCACCCUGACUUCCGGGGUCAGCAGUUCAUUCUGGAGCACGGCAGCUACCCUGACUUCUUCCGCUGGAACGGCCACAAUGACCACAUGGGCUCCUGCAGGCCUGUGGGGAUGCACGGGGAGCACUUCCGCAUAGAAAUCUUCGAGGGCUGCAACUUCACGGGCCAGUGCCUGGAGCUGGUGGAGGACUGCCCCUUCCUACAGAGCCACGGCUGGCCCAAGAGCUGCGUCAAUGCUGCCAAGGUGUACGGGGAUGGAGCGUGGGUGCUGUACGAGGAGCCCAACUACCGCGGCCGCAUGUUCCUGCUGGAGCGCGGAGACUUCCGCGGCUUCUCCGACUGGGAGGCGCACAGCGGCCGCGUGCAGUCGCUGCGCAGGGUCGUCAACUUCUUCUAGCCGCGGGACAGCGACCGCGGGGACAGCGGGGACAGUGACCACGGCAAUAAAGGUGCUGGAGCCGCG